UUGUGCCGCUGAACCCACGAAUAACGCGACUGAGUCACUUGAAACGUGUAUCAGUCUCUCUUCUCUAAUAUACGAAUUUUAUUUGUUGUAAUUCAAUCGUCCUGCAAAAAUGGCUAUGCAUGUACCUAAAGCACCGGGCGUAGCCCAAAUGUUAAAGGAUGGUGUCAGAUUCCAUUCUGGAUUGGAAGAAGUUGCUUAUCGAAAUAUAGCAGCCUGCAAAACAUUUGCACAAUCUGUGCGAACAGCUUACGGACCAAAUGGAAUGAAUAAAAUGGUCAUCAAUCAUUUAGAAAAGCUUUUUGUUACUAGCGAUGCAGCGACUAUUAUAAAAGAACUGGAUGUUGAACACCCAGCAGCUAAAUUACUGGUGUUAGCUUCUGAAAUGCAAGAAGCAGAAGUUGGUGAUGCCACUAAUUUUGUUAUUAUUCUCGGUGGAUCUUUAUUGGAUAAUGCUGAAGAUUUACUCAGAAUGGGAGUUACUUCUUCAGAAAUUAUUGAAGGAUUUGAAGUAGGUCUUGAAAAAGCAUUAGAAGAACUUCCAAAUUUGGUCAUCUAUAAACCUGAUGAUGUAAGAAAUAUGGAUCAAAUUAAAGCUGCUGUCAAAACUGCCAUCAUGAGUAAACAGUAUGGUAAUGAAGAAUUCAUCACUGAUCUUGUUUGCAAAGCCUGCAUUUCGAUUGUACCUUCGAAUGCACCUAACAAUACAGUAUCUUUCAAUGUUGAUAAUGUCAGAGUAUGUAAAAUUUUGGGCUCUGGACUGUACUCUUCACAGGUUGUUCAAGGAAUGGUCUUCAAGAGACAAGUUGAAGGUGAUGUGACAAAGGUUUUGAAUGCUAAAGUAGCAGUCUAUACAUGUGCUGUUGACAUUAGUCAAACUGAAACAAAGGGUACUGUUUUGAUCAAAAGUGCCGACGAAUUAAUGAACUUUUCGCGGGGCGAAGAAUCGUUAUUGGAAAAUCAAAUAAAAGCAAUCGCUGAUAGUGGAGCUACUGUUGUUGUAUCUGGAGGUAAAUUCGGAGACAUGGCAUUAUAUUAUGCUAAUAAGUAUAAUCUUAUGGCCGUGCGAAUUCCUAGCAAAUUUGAUUUGAGACGACUUUGUAAAGCUGUAGGAGCAACAGCUCUACCCAAACUAACUCCACCAACAAAAGAAGAAUUGGGAUAUUGCGAUACCGUUCAUGUUGAUGAGCUUGGAGACACCAACGUUGUUGUGUUCAAGCUUGAAAAUCAAGAAAGCCGUAUAAGCACGGUUAUUAUUCGUGGAUCUACUGAUAAUUACAUGGAUGACAUUGAAAGAGCCAUCGACGACGGUGUCAAUACUUACAAAGCUCUUACUCGCGACGGUCGUUGCGUCCCAGGAGCUGGAGCAACUGAAAUCGAAUUGGCCACAAAAUUAAUGUCCUAUGCCGAAACCUUACCUGGAUUGGAGCAAUAUGCUGUCAAGAAAUUUGCCACAGCUCUGGAAACUUUCCCUAAAACGUUAGCAGAAAACAAUGGAAUGAAAGCUACUGAAAUCAUAUCGAAAUUGUAUGCAGCGCAUAAGAGUGGCCAAAUUAAUCAUGGAUUUGACAUUGAAGGAUCUCCGGCUGCCUUGAUUGACGCUAAAGAAGCUGGUAUUCUUGAUCUUUACUUGACCAAAUUCUGGGGUCUCAAGUAUGCUGUUAAUGCAGCUUGCACUAUUUUGAAAAUUGACCAGAUUAUUAUGGCGAAACGAGCCGGUGGACCAAAACUCAAAAAACCAUCAGCUAACAGUGACGACGAAUCAUAAGAUAUGUUUAUUGAUACAUUUUUUCCUGAGCCCAGUUUGUUUUCUGAGCACUAUAGAUUUUUUUACUAAAAUAAAAGAAUAUUAAACAUAA